AGGAAACCGGAGCGGCUAAGCUCCGGACUUCCUGUUUAACCUCGUCUGUUGACUGGUGGAAACCGAUGAGGUCCUCGGAAGAUAAUAAAACAACCCAAUGAAACCGGAAUAAAAGUUCACUCAAAAUGAGCUGGAUUCCCUUCAAGAUUGGACAACCAAAGAAGCAGAUUGUCUCCAAAACUGUUGAAAGAGACUUCGAGCGAGAAUAUGACAAGCUCCAAAAGCUGGAGGAUCAGACAAAAAAGCUUCACAAGGACAUGAAGAAAAGCACAGAGGCUGAUUUAGCCAUGUCCAAAGCAGCAGUGAAGAUCUCUGCAGACCUGCUGAGUAACCCACUGUGUGAGCAGGACCAAGCCUUCCUUGAGUCCAUGACAGCUUUAGAUACAUCCAUGAGAAGGAUGGACGCCUUCAACCAGGAGAAGGUCAACCAGAUCCAGAAGACCGUUAUCGACCCUCUGAAAAAGUACAGCGGCGUCUUCCCCAGCCUCAACAUGGCAGUGAAGCGCCGGGAACAGGCACUGCAAGACUACAAACGGUUGCAAUCCAAAGUGGAGAAGUACGAAGAGAAAGAAAAAACCGGGCCGGUUAUGGUGAAACUACAUCAGGCCAGAGAGGAGCUCCGACCGGUCAGGGAGGACUUCGAGGCCAAGAACAAGCAGCUGCUGGACGAGAUGCCCAAGUUCUACCACAGUCGCAUCGACUACUUCCAGCCGAGCUUUGAGGCUCUCAUCCGGGCGCAGGUUGUUUAUUUCACCGAAAUGUACAAGAUCUUCAGCGAGUUAACAGACCAGAUCGACCAGGCAGGGCUGACUGAUGAGCAGAGAGAGAGGGAGACUGAGGCCAAGCUCAGUGAGUUGCGUGCUCUGUCCAUUGUCGCCGACGACUGAGGGAGGAAAGCCGAAAACCGGGAAGGGCUCCUUUCAUGCCUCUCUGAAUGGAUUGCACUCUUUUCAGGCUCCUUCGCACGGUUCAAACGGACAGCAACGGCCUUAACCUGAUUAUCAGAUUGUUUCCUUGCGGCCUCAUCACCCCCCUCUUGCACUACACUCCCAUGCUUCAUUCUCUCUACAGAGACUCUCUGCAACUCAAAGCAGCUGAAAUGCCACAUUAACUAAGCCAUCAGCCAAGUGCAGCAGUAUAAGCCAAUAUGUUGUUUUUUUUUAGCAAAGGAAUCAAACAGUUCUCGUCAGAACUAAUUACCAGGGUUACACUUCUUGGUUUCAGAGAUGUCUAUAAGCAUUCGUUUCUACAGCAGGAAAUGAGCAAGGAAAUGUUUUUAUUAGUCACAUCUGCAAUAUUACCAACAAUCUGUGAAACACACUUUUUAUUACCCAAGUUUGAAAUGACAAUAACACUACAGACUGAAUGUUAUGUAAUGUGCUGUAGGUUACCGGCAAGAAAAUGUAUUUCUGUAUUUUGGCCUUUGCUGGUUAUCUCUAAGUUUAGCUCGGUGCCAUGUUGUGUGGGGGCUUUUUAUUGGGGUUUACAGGAUGAUAUUGGUGACAUCACCUGUGCAUUAUGUGCCUACAUUGUCCCGACUGUGGAUGUAACAUGAAAACUAACUUGAGUGAAGUGAGAUUGUGCAGCGGUGUUGAAAGGUCGACCACUCAGGCUGCUGAGAGAACAAGUUGAAUCGCUGUCCAAAACAAAGGCUGGUGCUCCCUCUAGUGGUAAACACUGAUCAUGACACCUUUUGUUUUUUUUCCAUAGCAUCCAUCCUUUGUUAUAUUGUUAGUGGUUCAGUUUCUGUUAUCUGUCUGUUAGCAAAGAACCUCACACAUUGUUGGCACAGUAGAGAAAGUCCUUUCUCUGUACCCUCUAUACCAGGGUUGGAAGUCAAUUCAUCUUUUUUUGGCUUUCCUUUAUUUCGGACCAAAUUAUACUGGCAUUGCACUCCUUUGUUUCCACCUUUUUCAUCAGGUACUGCCUCAGUAUGAUACACACGCUCUGGUUAUUGGUGCUACAUGGUAGUGUACACACAACGAUUGCUCCCAUAUCAUGUUUUUUUUUAAGGUGUCAUAACAAGAAGUUGACUAUUUAUUCUUUAACAUAUUUUUUUGAAAUCAUUGAAACAAUUGCUUAGUUGAUUGACUGUAUUUGUGUCCUGAAACGUGUUUUAUGUAUGUAUUGAUGAAGGUUUUUCUAAAGUGGUAGAUUUUUUUUUUAAUACAACUAAAUGGAUACUUUAACAUUAGAGUGGGUUUUUAAUUUAGGUUUUUGAAAUGUAUUAACACAAUCUGUUAACUGACUGUUUUCAGCCAUCAUCUCAAUGUCUAGUCAAUCAAGAAAUAAAUUAACUGUGAAAAAAGCAA